GUAACUUAUCGCUAUACUUAUUCUUCGUUUCUGGCUGGGGAUUCCGCAGAAUACACAGGUCUUCCUGAAUCCGAGGUCCUUGCGAACGAUCCGAGUUUUGUGACAUAGCAACCCUGAAGAUGGGAUUCAGACAAGGCGCUGUUCUUGCAUCGUGCUCUUUUUUUCUUGGAGUCCUCUUCAUAUGCUUCUUCGUUGAUUACCGCAUUCUGCAUCAGGAAUUGACAGAGGAGACUAUUGAAGACGGCUUCCAAUUUUAUACAACUUUCUUCAAUGCACCACCCGCAAUCAAGGCCGUGCUACAUGGCUUCAUGGGGGUUGGUAUUUUAGGACUUGUUGCAAAAUUGCAUAAAUAUGAUGAGAGUGCCAUCUUCUUUGAUGGAUCAAGUCUGGUGGGAUACAUUUUUGCAGCAGCCGUCUACCUUGCAGUGUCAAUUCCAUCUUUGCGAACCAUCGUCACCCCCGCAGAUGUUGAUACACGUGCGGACCGUAUCGAAGCCUUGCGAAUACUCUCAGCAGGCAACACCAUUAUGAUGGUGGUCCUUGGUGCCAUUCUGGUUCUCCAGGGCGGACAGGAAUACGCACGCCGUGUAGAGGCGAGAGAGCUGGCCAAGAUGGAGGAGGAGCUUAAGACCAAAGGGAGUCCUAGUGCUGGGAAAGAUAAGAAGGAGUAGAUGCUCUGCUGGCAUGCGAAGCGGGAGGUCAGACGUUACUCAGUCAAGGCAUUCCCUGACCAUGGACAUCAGCGUCUAAAUUCCGCAUCUCGGUUUAAGCUUGGCGUCGGGCCAUCUAGAAACAUUUAAAUUGAUGAUACUUAGUAGUAUGAUGAAUUAUUAACGCCAAGUACUAAGUACUAGUAGUGCUUAUUGAAGUUUUGAUUAGUUUGUGUGCGCUCAUUAAAA